AUGUCAAGUGGUCAGAGUUUAUAUCACACGUUAUCUCCCAGAUUCCAGUGUUCGAUGUGCAAGAAGAGUUACCCGACCAAAAAGGCGACGCGGGACCACUUUAAUUACCACCACCUAGGUAAAAAGUCGUACAAAUGCCCCAUCUGCAACAAGGUAAUGGUAACCAAAGCCUGGGUAGAAAAGCACAUGACGAGAAUUCACGGGGUGAAGACAGAGAAGCCAACGACCCAGGUCUAUGAGCAAUGCGGGAACGCUUUCGCUGACAGGAAGACCUGGAUUCAGCAAAAGAUUACCCACUCCGGCGCAAAGCCACGGCCCUGUGGCAUAUGCCAGAUGACGUUCAAGUAUAAAGCGUCUUUAUACAAGCAUAGAAAGAGAGUUCACAACAUGGCGAUAGUGGACAAAGUUGUCGAAUUAAUGGACACGCAGAACGUGGGAAUGUAG